UCCUCAUCUUAACUCUUCAAAUUUUUCCCACCCAGGUUUCCUUUCUUAUUUUCUCCACAAAAAAACAUAAUCGGGGAGCAAAAGGCCGAAAAAUAUUUUGACAUGCUAUUCUCAUUCUCCCUCCCUAAUGAUUCUUUCCUGAAACCAUAUUUUUUCAAUCCUGUUUCCAAUCUUCAUUUUCCUCUGUUAAAAAUCCCAAAGCCACCCUCUCUGACGCCGCUUGCUCCUCUUCCUCCUCCCUAAUGUGAUUAGAGGUUAGAUUCUUCUAUGCCCUAUUGCAUCAAAUUUUAACUUCCCUUUAUAAUGUAGCUUUUUUUGUUUAUGGGAAUGUCUCUCUCGAAAUUUUAGAAAGGUUGUUUGGUCUCGGAUAGGUACCUUCAUACAAAAAUUUUGUAUUUUAUUAUGGGUUUUGAUCAUUUUGACUAUAGAGGAGGUGAGAAGAACCCAACUCAUACCCCCAAGCACAAUGUUGAUUAAUUAUGCAACAUCCCAUGAAUUAUGGUUGUUAAUGUUGUCUCUAUUAGGGAGAAGAAAGGCUAUUAGAGGUAAAAAUGAUAAGAGGAGAAUAUGGUUUGCUUUGAAUCAUUUUCGUCUUAAUUUUAUCAAAUCUUCCCCUUAUUGGUUGGAAUUUUGAUUAAAAUGGGGAGAGUAUUGAAUGUUCAAAGCUUUCUGAGAUCGAAGAAGAUAGAGUAGGCAAUGCUUUCCCUCAUGUUCACAAAGUAAAAGCUCUCACUUGCAUUAAUACACUUGUUCAUCUCUAUGCCAGAGAGUUUUUUUUUUUUAUAUAAUUAAUCAUUGAAAAUUUUCAAAUAUGUAUGACAUUAAGGGUGAAUAUGGGUAUAGACUAGACUAAUAAUGCACUUAUUUUAUGAACCAAUAACACAAAGCUGGUUGUGAUUUGUUUUUAUUAUAAACAAUUAAUAGUUUCCUCAUAUUCCAUGUUUAGGUUGAUGAGGAUCAAGUUUAUGGAGGAGAAAAGAAGGUUGGUGACGAGUUGGAAUGGUUACAUAAUUCUGGUCAUAUUUUCUCUCGGUUAGCUCCAUGUUUUGGUGAGUAAUAUUGGGCACCAUAGCUAAAGUGAUUGUUAUAAUGUCAGUUUAGUUGAAUUUGACUUAUUUCAACACUAUAUUUAAGAUUUAUUCAAUCCUUAAGAUCUUCUAUUAAUAUGAGAGGAAGAAGACGAUUCUAAGUUCAAACUCGUGAAAGCUAAUCCCACCUUGUUUUAAUAACUUUUUUGUUGUUAUACAUUUUUAAGUCUACUAUUUAAUAAUAUGAUCUUAUUUCACUUAUCAGUUUGUGGUGAUAUUAGCAAAUGCUAUGGUUGGUCCUCGAGUAUGGCUAGGAGGGAUAUUUAAUCGCUUCACCAGACGUACUGAAAAAUUCCCUAAUGAAAAUCCACAUCUGGAACAAAGACUCACACGACUUCAACAUCGAGUGAAAACAUCUUUUGAUGAAACCCGCCGUGAUCAUCAAGAGGCCCUAAAGUCAUUGUGGAGUACAGCCUUCCCAGAUGUUCCUUUGACUGGAUUGAUCUCUGAGCAGUGGAAAGAAAUGGGAUGGCAAGGUCAUAACCCAUCAACUGAUUUUAGGGGAUGCGGCUUUAUUGCACUAGAGAAUUUGCUGUUUUUUGCUAGGACUUAUCCGGCAUCUUUUCGCAGGUUAUUGUUCAAACAGAAUGGAGAGCGCGCAGAAUGGGAAUACCCAUUUGCUGUGGCUGGAAUUAAUGUGUCAUUUAUGUUAAUCCAAAUGUUGGAUUUGAACUCGGAAAGACCGAAAACCCAACCUGGAAUAAGUUUUCUUAAACUACUAGGAGAAGAUGAAACGGCUUUUGACGUCCUGUUCUGCAUGGCUUUCCAACUUAUGGAUGCUCAAUGGCUCGCUAUGCAAGCUUCUUACAUGGAGUUCAACGAGGUUCUUGAAGCAACAAAGCAACAAUUAGAAAGGGAGCUAGAUAUAGAAGAUGUUCAUCGGAUAAUAGACUUGCCGGCAUACCUCCUAUUGUAUCAAUAACAUUGAAUAUAAUAUUGUAACACUACACAUGACAGGUUCGAAAGAAAAUGCUUAAGAGAAACUAGAAUAAACAUCCUAAUAUAUGUAACCUAUAUUU